UCAGGGGGGUCCAUGAAAUGGUGUAGGGAAAAAUACACCUUUAUUUUUACCAACCUUGAAAUGAAAUUUAGUAUUUCCUUUCAUUAUGAAUUUAAAAAAAAUAUUCUGAGAAAGAAUCCACAGCUUUCAUCUUACUACCAAAGUAGUCCAUGACACAAAAAAUAUUAGUUUAGAGGCAGCAUUGGUGGUGUGACAAGAGCCAUGGAUUGAGAGUCAGGAAACCUGGGCUUGAAUCCCAGCUCAGCCACCAGCUUAUUGUGUGAUCUUGUGCAAGCCAGUUCUCCCUAGGCCCCAUCUCCCACCCCAGUAAAAUUAGAAGAUUGGACUAAAUGGUCUUCAAAGGCUUUUCUAUCUCUGACUGUUUAUAUCUAGAUGAUGUCUUAGGUUCAUUCUAGCUUAAACUCUAUGAUUAUUCUGCCGCAUUAAAUUUGUUUUCAUUGCUUUUUUGACUGCCAUACCUAAAAAGUUUGUUAGGGGAGCUAUAGCCCUCCAGGAAAAAGUUCAUAUAACACAUUUGAAAAUAUUUGUGUCAAAAAUGAGACCUUAACCUUCAAAUCUAAUCUUGGGGGCUGUUACACUAACAGUGCCACAUGGUACCUAGGCACUGGUUCUUAGGAUAGCACCUACUACUAGAAUUGUUCUGCAGUUUAAUCAAUCACAGCUGUUAAAACAUGGACCAGAUGCCUCAGGUGACAGUGAGUUCCCCAUCAUUUGCUGUCUUCAAGCAGAGGUUAAAUGAUUGCUUGUCAGGGAUGCUAUAGAAGGAACUGUUUCUUCCAUUAGGUGGAGACAAAAGAGAAGUAAGCAAAGUGCUCCAAGAAAUUUCAAGUUGAGGGUACUUUCAUUUGUAGGCAGGUUAGAGAACUCUAGAAGGAGAUGACAUGUGAGUGAAUGCAGAUAGAGGAAGAGAGUUGGGAAAACCUAUUCCAAGCUUGGAGAAUGGCAAAGAGCAAAGACAGAGAACUAGCCCUAAAAUUGUUGGAAAUAGCUAAAGCUGAUAAUAUCUCUAUGAAAAGCUCUGCCCUUUAUGGGGUUCUCCCCUUAUGCAAGAGAAGCUCACUUACUAAAUGGAGCUCAGCUGUGGCUAAAGAUAGUAACUUCAGUCACUGGCCUAGAGAAGGUGGCCCAUUUAAAUACAUUCCAUAUGGGUCUACAAAAAAAAAAAUUCAGUUUAUUUUAAAGGUGAAUUUCAACAUUAAAUAGUAUCAUAUCAUAAUGAUAGUUGUUUGAAUUUAUCAAGCUCCAUGAUCAUGGGUAAGUCAUCCUAGUCCAAGUUGACCACAUUGUGAUGUUUAGUCAGCAGAUUCCUUCCUCUGCAUCAUCUAUAAUGAUCACAAAUUAUGCCAGAUUAGUAUCAUAGAAAUAUAUAGAUUUUGAAUUGUAAGAGGUGUUCACAGUCAUAUAGUCCAACUCCCCUCAUUUUACAGGUAAGGAAACUGAGAUCUAGAGAGACUAAAUGAUUUGACCAAGAUCACACAGCUGGAUUUGAACUUUUGGUACCCUUGCUCCAGAUCAAGCAUUUUCUUUUUCACUGCAGAAUUAUGGAAUCUUCCAGUUUGCAAAAUGCAUCCCUCAGAAUUCUAUGAAGUAAGCUAUGCAUUCCCAUUUUAUAAAGGAGAAAAUGGAAGUUCAGAAAGAGAAUGUUCUUUGACUGUGGUCAAAUUAAAUAGAAAUUGAGGCAUUCGUUUCCAGAUAAAGCAGUUGGAUAAUCUUACUAUUUGUACAGUUCAGACAUGAAUUAAUAACUUUAUUUUUUCAAAUUAAAAUAACUCUGAGGUACCCACCUCACAUAUAUCACAUUGGCUAAGAUGACAAAAAAGGAACAUGGCAAAUGCUGGAGUUGAUGUGGGGAAAUAGGUACACUAAAGCACUAUGAACUAGUCUAGUCAUUCUGGAAAGGAAUUUGAAAAUAUGCCCAAAGGAAAUCGGUUUUGAUCCAGAAAUACUACUAUUAAGGCUAUACUCUAAAGAAAUCAGAGUAAAAGGAAACAGACUCUUAAGUAAAAAAAAAUAUUUGUAGCAUCUCUUUUUGUGAUGGCAAAGAAUUAGAAAUUGAGAUGUCCAUCAGUUGAAGAAUUGCUGAACAAGUUACAGAAUUGUGCUGAUACUAUUGUGCUGAAAGGACUCAAAAAGGGGAUCGUUUUUUUAAAACCCCAGGAAGACUUUUUAUGUAAUCCAUAAAUGUGAAUUGUUGUAUAGACACAUAAUCUAUAUAAGUGCCUAAAGAUAGGCAUUUGUACUAUCAGGUACAUCUAAUUUAUAUCUUCCCAAGGAUGAAGAAUGUUAACAUGCCAUUUGUUCCCUUUUUUCAUGUCUUUGUUUCUUACCCACCCUCCUGGCCUUUCCCUGUGGAGGUGCUAGUAUUAGUUGAAGACUCCAGCCUAGAAUUCCAGCUUGUGUUGGAUCCAAGACCACCUAUGAGGUGUGCUCUCAAAAGACUCUUGGAGCUUCCCGAGUGAUAAUAGAGUGCUGAGAAAAGAUUGUGUGGAUUUUGUAUGAAAGUGGGAACAAGACAAAUGUUUAUGAUGGUCUCAUGCAGCUUGCCUUAAAAAGCUUAACUGGUCAAAUAAGCAUUUAUCAUGUGCCAGUCAUUAUGUAAGGCCUGUGUGACCCUGCUCAAGUCACUUAACUCCAAUCACCUCUACCUUAGAACCAAUACUUAGUAUCAAUUCUAAGACAGAAAGUAAGGGUUUAUUUUUUUUUUUAAUAGCAAAGUUAAUCAGUGGAAAAACUAGGUGCUAGGUACUAGAUGCAAAUAAAUUUAGUAGCCUAGGACACCAACUAGUGAAGUAAGGAUACCUUAAACUUCUGGGGAAAGCUUUCAUCUCGGUGAGGUGAUAGUUGGAUAAAACUGAGACUGUGUUUUUGUUUGGUCUCUUAGUUCACACUUCCUUCCUCCUCUCUCUCCCUUUCCUUCCCUUCCCACCCUAAAUGAAAAUAUUGAAUUGUUAGGCAGCCAAAGAAAAUAUUGUGUUAAGUUCUUAGCCUAGUUCAAAUGAUCACUGGCCAUUUUCUAAUGCUCAAUUAUCAAAGUUCCUCUAUUUCCAUCAUGCCUUGUGCUUACAAAUAAAUUCCACGUGAGUUAGUAGAAGCAUAGAAUCUUAGAGCUGGAAAGGAACUCAGAAGACCUCCAGUCCCAAAUCCUGAUGAAGCAGUAAUGUCCUCUUCACCACUUCCUAAAAGUAGGCAGCUUUUGUUCAAACAUCUCUAGUGAAGGGGAAUUUAACUUCCUUUUGAAGCAGCCUAUUGUUCUUUUGAACAACUAUAGCUGUUAUGAAAUUUUUUCUCCUAUCAGUCUGAAAUCGUAGCUAUCCUCAAGGGGCCAAGCAAAACAAGUCAAUUCCUCAUCCACAUGCCAGGUCUCCUAAUAAUUAGUGAACACUCCUACAUUCUCUUUUGUUCCUCUCUAUGCUAAAUAUUACUCUGUCCUUUCAUCUCUCCCUUAUAUGGGAUGGUUUUUAUUCCUUUUCAACUUUUGUGAUCUUAGAAGGUCAACUACAACAUCAGCUCCCAGAAUCCUAUAACAAAACUCCAGCAAGUUUUGUCAAGGAGCUGUCACUGACCUUAUAUCAUUAUAUCAUUGUUUUUCAGCCCUGUGCAUAUUAUUGUAACCUCCAAUAGCUUGCACCCUAAACCCACAGCAUGAAACUCUCCUCAGGGGACACAUAUAACAACAAGGAAAUACAAGCACAAACAUAGAGGGGACACUUUCCAAUUAAUCAGUCUCCUCAGGGCUGGAUAGCUUUAUACAAGGAGUUCUCACCUGCUGCUUUUGCUUUCCAGUUCCUCUGCACUAUUAAAUCUGCUUUAGGAAACACCUACAAGCCUAGACUCUUCAUUUUGUCAUCUAACCUUUCAAUGAUGACACUGUCACAGAUUCAGAGACAAUUCUUAUAUUUGAAAGUUCCCUUUAAGCUUUUCCUUAAUUCUUUUGGGUAUGCCUCUGCCAGAGGUUGCAGGACCCUGCUAAAUCAAUCUAAAAUCUUAGGUCUCCUCCAUCUUGUACUUACGUAGUUGGUUGGUUGGGGUUUUUUUAACCCAAGUUUAAUUUAAUUUAGUUUUAAUUUAAAUUCAGUUUUAUCUUAUUAAAUUAGGCCUAUUAUUCUAAGAAUAUUAAAAGCUAUGGGGUUCUCUUACUUAGUUUAUGGAUCCCACAUGAGAAUACUGUUGUGUACUAGAGAGUUUGAAUUCUAACUGCUAUUUACUGCAUGCCCUAAAGAGAAGUAAGAUGGAUUUGGGGACAUGGAGAUUAUCUUGAAAACUAGUCAAGUGAAGGAAGAAACACUACCUUGUGUCUCCAGGUAUGUUAGGCACUGUAUUCUAAUGAUUUGAGCCUCUGGUCUUAUUAAAGUCUUACUUAGAGUUUGAACUAAGGUUUCCCAUACUUUCCUAAAUUUGACCUUCUAUAUGGAGCACGUCACUUAACUUCAUCUGUAAGAUCAGGAAGUUGUACUAGAUGACUUAUAAGGUUCCAACCAGCUCUGACAUGCCUUCUUUAUCUCAAAUCGCCAUUUGCCUUGUGGACAUCUUGAAUUUGAUAUCCUAUUUUUAUCUUAAACUCAACAUGUACAAAAUAAAACUCAUCUUUCUCCCUAACCUUCCCCUCUUCCCAACCAUCCUGUUAUUGUCAAAGGUACCACCAUCCUUCUAGUCACCCAUGCUUGAAAUUCUUGGCAUCAUUCCCCUAUUCAGCAAACUCUACUGGCUCUCUUAUCCCCAGGGUACCUGCUUGGCAUUAAAAGUCUCUCGCAACCUGGAUACUUCUACCUCUCCAGUAUUCUUUUUACUUCCCUUCAACAAAUUCUGUGAUAAAUCCACAAUGACCUACUUGCUGUUCCUCAAACCCAACACUCUUUAUCUCAAAACUCUGACUUAUUCCUGGAAUGCUCUCCCUCCUCACCAGAAUACUAUCUUUCCUAGCUUCCCUCAAGACUCACCUUCUUCAAGAGUCCUAGCUACACCAACAUCAAAUGGUAAAGCAUAGAAAUGAUCAGGAAUCAGGGAUAGAUUAUAACUCAGAAGUCAGGAACACAUGUAAGGAUUUGUGGUAAAGCAGGGAGUGGUGAGGAAGUGCUGUGCUGUUAGAGGAAGCAAGGUCAGAAAUAGAAGGUCAAAUAGAGUAAGAAUAAAGGAAGUGUUAGUUCAGACUCCAAGACUCUAGUAAGGACAAAGACCCAAAUCUCAAGGAGACUGUGCUUCCUAUAUCAGGCUACAUAAAGUAGUGUUUCAGCCUUCAUUUGAUGGUUCUCGAGAUAAUCCUCAUGUCUCCAAAUCCAUCUAACUUCUCUUUAAUGUCAUAACUAAAGGUUUGUGAAUGCCUAGAAUAGCAUUGGUGAACUUUUUAGAGAUCACAUGCCCAAACUGUACCUUCAGGCUCCCUGUGAGCCCCCUACAUUACCCUAGAGAGCAGAGGGAGGAAGUACUUGCAUUGGGCUGCAGGGUAGAGGGACAGGGCAUGCAAAAAAAAUGCACUCAGGUAUAGUAGAGAGGGGGAAUGGAGCAUCCCCCUUAGGCACACUGGGGCAUGCUUGCCAUGUCUUCGCCUACACAGACCUAGAACAUCUUAGAGACUAUAUCCUGUACUUUUGUGUUCAUUAUAAUGACUCCCUCAUGUAUGGGUACAAAAAAGGUGAAUCAUUAUGAAUUGGCAUGUGUCAAGAGGAAAAAGUUUGAGGUCUCAUCUUAUGAGUGAGUCACAACUGAGACCUAGUUUUUUAGGUUGGCUGAUUGAAUUAAUUGGUAUCUGGAGAUUCUCUUCCUAUUCCUGCUGCUUUGUAAUGUUUGGGUAUUUCCUUUUUUUUUUCUUGAGGAUUUUUUUAUCUAAUAAAAACCAAGAAGGUUAAAUAUUCUGAAAUUAGCUCUGGUAUUUUCUGCAGAUUUUGAUACUACAAAUGCUUCUCUUCUGUCUCCUAGAUUUCAAGUUUCAUAAGAACCAAGAUUAAUAGUUGAAAGAAAUCUGAGGAGUAACCUAAUUAAGGCUUCAAAAUUUACAGAGGAAGUGACUGAGGUUGGGAGAGGGAUGAAGUGACACAUACAUGGUCACGUGCACGAGAUGAUAAUAAUAGCCCUUUCUCUAUAAACCUAGCAGUUUGUCUCUCUAGUCAGUACUGACCCUAGACAUUUGAAUCUUGGCUAAAAAAGUAGGUCAUUCAAAGAAAAAAUAUGUAUUGGAGUAGCUAGCACAGGAUACAAAGCAAAAAUGGGCUGAGGCAGGAGACAUGUCCAGGAUGCUCAAGAACAAGAUAGCCCCAUAACAACAAUGAUAUCCCAAGAACCAAGAAACAAAUGUAGUCCAUAGUUAGAAAUUGAAUAUUUGAACAGGUUUAAAUUCAUUAAAAUUCAUAUAUUAUUUGGACUUCUUAAUGCAUUGAAAGUAUUUUUAUAGUCUAUUAUGUAGUGUUUGUUACUCUAAAUAAAUGUCAACUGAGAACAGCUCCCAAUUAAUGCUAUUGUUCUUUCUCUUCUUGGAAAAUAACUAUGUAUUAAUUUUGGUGAACAAGAAAUUGGGUUUGAAAUCUUAAUGGAAGGGCAAGUGUAAGCAGUUGCUUCUAGGUAUCAGGACCAUGUGUAUUUGGGCAAGAUGCUAAGGAAGAGUCGAAUAAAGCAAAAGCUAUGUACUGUAUAUACUGUUACAACUCUGGCCAUCAUCAGCCAUAAAAGGCCAAGGAAGGGAAAGAGAACAGAAGUACUGCACAGGAGAGGAAGCAGACAGAAACCCUAGGUGUGCCACGGAGGAAGGCAACAAGCGAGCCCCCAAUCCCGACUUUAACAACCACCACCACCACCACCACUGGACAUGCGAAGAAGCUAGGCCAUCGGGGAGUUGAUGCUUCUGGAGAAACCACCUACAAAAAGUGAAGGAAGUAACCUCACUCCAGCCCAUCACUAUGCUGACUUCAGAUUUAAAACCUAUGCACCAGUGGCUUUUCGAUAUUUCCGGGAGCUCUUCGGUAUUCGUCCAGACGAUUAUUUGUAUUCCUUGUGCAAUGAACCACUGAUUGAACUUUCCAACCCAGGUGCCAGUGGCUCCCUCUUCUAUGUCACUAGUGACGAUGAGUUCAUCAUUAAGACUGUGAUGCACAAGGAAGCAGAGUUCCUGCAGAAGCUGCUUCCUGGCUAUUACAUGAAUUUAAACCAGAAUCCCAGAACCCUUCUGCCUAAGUUUUAUGGGCUAUACUGUGUUCAGUCUGGAGGGAAGAACAUCCGGGUGGUGGUAAUGAACAAUAUCCUUCCCCGUGUAGUAAAGAUGCACCUCAAGUUUGAUUUAAAGGGCUCUACAUACAAGCGACGGGCAAGCAAGAAAGAAAAGGAGAAGUCCAUCCCCACGUAUAAGGACCUUGACUUUAUGCAGGAUAUGCCUGAAGGGCUGAUGUUAGAUGCUGACACUUUUACUGCACUGGUGAAAACUUUACAGAGAGACUGUUUGGUUUUGGAGAGUUUUAAGAUCAUGGACUACAGCCUAUUGCUGGGAGUACAUAACAUUGACCAGCAGGAACGGGAAAAGCAAACAGAGGGAGCCCAGAGCACAUCUGAUGAGAAGCGUCCAGUUGGCCAGAAGGCACUCUACUCUACAGCUAUGGAGUCUAUCCAGGGUGGGGCUGCCCGGGGGGAAUCUAUAGACACCGAUGACACGAUGGGUGGGAUCCCAGCAGUGAAUGGCCGAGGAGAACGUCUACUUCUGCAUAUAGGAAUAAUUGACAUCCUACAAUCAUACAGAUUCAUCAAGAAGCUGGAGCACACUUGGAAGGCUCUUGUUCAUGAUGGGGACACUGUCUCUGUGCACCGCCCCAGCUUCUAUGCUGAGAGAUUUUUCAAGUUCAUGAGCAACACUGUCUUUCGGAAGAGCUCCUCUCUGAAAUCAUCGCCAUCGAAGAAAGCUAGAACCACUUUGCUAACAACCAAGACCUUUGGACCAUCAGCUGCCUUCUCUGCCAGCCAGCUUCCUAAUGAGAGAGAAGAAACACAGUAUGACCUACGAGGAGCCCGCAGUUAUCCCACACUGGAGGAUGAAGGCAGACCUGACCUACUGCCCUGUACUCCUCCAUCAUUUGAAGAAGCAACUACAGCUUCCAUAGCUACAACCUUGUCAUCUACAUCCCUCUCCAUCCCUGAGCGAUCUCCCUCUGAGGGCUCUGAGCAUCCUCGAUACAGGCGCCGCACACACUCCUCUGGACAUGAUGCACGAUCCCAUGAAGAGGUCCAUGUGGAAGAAGAUCUCCAGCAGAUCACCGUUGAAGUUGAACCCAAAUGUAGCAUUGAUAUCACGACUCCCAAAGAAGAAGCUAAAGGGGAAGAGGCUUCUUCCGCCUGCAUUAUGGUCACACCCCCGGCCACCGUGGAAGUGGAAACCACCAGCCAGGCCUCAGAGCCAGCCAGCCAGGCCUCAGAUGAAGAAGAUGCACCUGUCCCAGACAUCUAUUUUUUCACGGAUGGGAGGUACUGGAUUUACUCUCCCCGCCAUCGCCGACUCCGGGCCAUCGUGCUGUCCCCCUCCAGGACUGUAAGUGAACCCAGCCUUAGCUUGGACACGCCAGAUCGAGCUGACCCCACAACAGCCAGUUUCCAUCUUAACCAUUUGGUAUUCUUGUCACUUUUGACACCAAUGCCCCCUCUUCUUUACUAAAUGGACUGCAGACUGAUCAAUUACCUGCUCCCUAGCCCCACCCUAUCCUUGUCUGUUUUGAAAGGCAGAAUACAUAUUCAGGAGAUUAGUUUAUAAUUUCUGAAUCUUAAGAUGAACUCUCCAUUCACAAAAAAAAAAAAAAACCUAAAAUUUUAAAGUAAUCUUUUUAGUAGUAUUUUUUCCCUCAAAAGUACUUUAUAUGUUUCCUCAAACAUACGGAUAAAUUAGGAGGGAGCAGGUUUCAGUGGCCUCAUUUUUUACAUAAGAAAACUGAAACCCAAGUUCUUCCAAGUUGCGCAAGUCCAUGAUGGAGCCUGGACUAGUUAGAACUUCUGUUUCAAGACUCCCAGGUAAUUACUUUUUCCACUUAGACCACACUUCUCUUCUUGUGGCAUUAAAACGCAGUGAGGAUUAGCAACCUGAGCCAAGUCAGGAAAUCUCUAUCAGGACAUGAGAAGAGUAGUCACUAGUCUAAAGGCUUACUAUUUAAUUAGCUCCUAGUUCUGUGUGCCUUUUUUAAUCAAAUCAGCAAUUACUCACUGACACUAUGUACAGCCCCAUUUUCCUUUCAGUUUAGUUGAAGAGAAAACAUAUGUGAGUGAAAAACUGAAAUAACAAGGCCAAAAAAAUAAUAAUUAAUCCAGAAGCCUAAGAAAUAAAAUGUGGGAUUAAUUCUCAGAUAAAUGGGAAAAACAGAAGCAAAGGAGAGAUGGUCAGAGGUGUCCUGGAGGUGGUCUCUGUGGGCUAGUCUUUGAAGAUGAGAAGGAUUUGAUAGAAUCAGAACUGGGAAAACAACAUUAGAGAUCACGUGGACUGAGCCCCUCAUUUUACAGGUGAGGAAACUGAGCCCCAACAAGUUACAGUGACUUGCCCAAAGUGUAAGUGGCAGAGCCAGAACUCAUAGCCAGAUUUAUAGGGCCUGGAGCAAAAGUACAGAGACAGGAAGGCAGCAGCCAAUGUCAAAUUAGGCCAGUUUGGCUGAAGUAGAGGAUUCAAAGGUCAGGAGUUAAGUAUGGAAGGUAUGUAGGCCUAGACUAGACUGGAGGAAUAUAAGGAAUUUGAACUUGAUCUUAAUUUUAAUGAAAUAAGUAACUUCGGAUCUUCUCCUUCCCCAACUGGCUUACCAAAGACCUGAAGAAUUAGAGAGAUAUUGAGUCCUGACCUUUAGAUCUGAAGUUAUUAACUUUUAGCUAGUCCUUCAUUAUCUGAGAGAGGAUACCUUGACCCUAAUUUCCCUCUCAAAUGAAGUACCAGGGGAAUUAUAGUAUCCUAGACCUAGAGGAAGUUAUGUAGACUUUUUUAAACUCUUCCCUUCUAUCUUACUGAUUCUAAGGCAGAAAAGCAGUAAGGGCUAGGCAGUAGAAGUUAAGUGACUUGUCCAGGGUCACAUAGCUAGUAAGUGUGAGGCCAGAUUUGAACCCAGGUUCUUCUGCCUCUAAGCCUGGCACUUUAUCCAUUGUGCUACCUAGCUGCCUCUUCGUAGGCUUUUAAAAAGGGUCAACAGUCCAGUCCCUGAUAUUGGAAAAAUACAAGGGCCUGAAGUAUUUUAAAAGUAAUAGCCACCGUUAACAACACAUAGCCAUAAUUUUCAUAGAGAACUUUAUUAGACAUUAUCCGAUUUGAUGCUCACCACAACUCUGUGAGGUACAUGCCUCAGUUAAUAUUGUCCCCAUUUACAGAUGAGGAAACAGACUGAGAGGUCAGCUGGCUAGUUCAUGCUCCCACACCUAAUGUUGAAGGUAGGAUGCAAACCCAGGAGUCUCUUGACUCCAGAUCCAGUGCCUGUUCUUUCUACUACAUCAAAGCUGAAACCCCAGCACCAAAGGGUGAAGUAUUGCUUUUCUUGGCUGAGUAACCACCUCUAGACAGGUAGGGGCUCAGCCCUUAUAACCACAAAAUUGGCCCAAUCUCACCUGGAACUUUUCUUUAAUAGGCCUUCCCCUGAGCUAUGGGAUGGCAGCCACCUCUGUCAUCCUAUCCCUGUCACCUUGCGUAAGGAAGUCCUAAGAGUUGCUGAGCCAAAGGCUAGGGAAUGACUGGAGGGCAAGGGGAGGAAGAAGAGUUGGUAUUUAUAUGGUGGUGAUCAGUCAUCUAAAACUUGACCUUUCCCCAUCCCAUCCAGGUGUGGCUCAGGUGAGGAGAAGGUCUCUAGCAUCCCCGCUGGCAGCCCAGUUUGCCUGAGUUUUCAAGGCAGGAUUGGUGGGCAAGGCUAAGAUUGACAGACUGGCAGCAAUUCCCUGAACUUAUGUUUUGCUCAUGUCAGGCUUAAACUGUUUAUUAACUAUCCUGAGAGGUCUCACUGGCUCGAUAUUAUUAGUCAAGCCAAAACAGCCAGUCCAUUCCUCUUUUAUCUUAUGCUAGACACCCUAAGUGUCUUAAGAUGACAUCUGAACACUAGCUUUCCUUUGACUUCAAGCUUCGAUCAACAGGACCUCCCUCCCAGCUUCCCAAGAAAGCAGUUACAACAGAAUCAAUAGUUUGUGGGCCUAAUGUCACUUCUUAAUUAAACACAAAUUGUUAUCUCCUAAUUAAGAAGUAGAAGAGAAAUCCCAGGUCUGUAGCCUGGUCUCACUACAGGUAGUUAGGCACUCUGAGGAGGGCUCUUUAAAAUUAAAAAUAAGUUCUCUUUGUUAGCUUCCUUUUUGUCUCUAGUCUCUCUGUCCGCCUGCUGUCCAAUGCGUUGGGUUAACUAACUGCUUCCUCUGCAUACUCCCCAAAUUAACCUAAUCUAUCCUGCUAAUCUGUGCCUCCCUCCUACCCCUGCUCUAGACAGAUUUCACUCCCUCUCCUCUCUCCCACCCCGUUAGCCUGGCAUUAUCAGUGGAUUCACUUGAUAUCCUAGCACAUCCAUUUCCACUGCAUUAAAGGUUCUGAAUCAUUUAAAUAGGCAGUAACUUUUCAAGCAGUCAGUACUGCUCUUCCUUGGCCCAUUCUGUUCAGGGCUAAGCUUCAGGUAUAGGGACUCAGGUAUGUAUCAGCGCCGUCCUUUGGAAAGGGGCCUUAGUGAGAAAGGUCCCAAGAAUGCAAACUCUUCAGAGAAAGCUGUUCUUUGCCUUCCGGUAUACAACUUGUUCUCAAUCUUGAGUUUCCUACUCUUUUAUUUUCUCCUUUUUUUCUUUUCUCCUUUUUUCUCUCCCUUGCUCCCUGCUCUGCUGCUGCUCCUCUUGCAUCUCCCCCGCCGUCUC